CGCCAGCCUCCGCCCGCCCGGCCGCCGCCUCGCCGUCCGCGGCCUCCGCCCGCCUCUCCAUCCCCGGGACGAGGUAACGCGCCCCGGGCCGAGCCGCCAGGCCCUUUGCCCCGGUGGGUGUGGCUCGGCCUCUCCCGCGCCCGCCGCCGCACUUCGCUCCCCUCCCGCGCGCCGCCGCCGCCGCCGCAUUUCGGCCUGCUCUCGCGGCCCCCAGCAGCCCUCUCGCGCCCUCGCCGGCAGCCCCAGGGCCCGAGCCAGCCCAGAUGUCCGAGGCGGCGGGAAAUCUCAAUAGCCUCCGCAUGGCGAACGUGGCCCUGCGAGAAGAAUUAAAUGCCCUUCGCGGGGAGAAUGCCAAUUUGGGUCUUCAGCUCGGAAGAGCCCUGGCCGAGGUUAAUUCCUUGCGGGGCAAUGUCUCGAGCUACAUCCGCUGGCCAGUGCCCGUGGUGCCCGUCCUUGCCGAGGAGAACUUUGAGUUCCCGCUCAGUGAGAUCGACGCCGUUCCCGAGGGCGAGCUGCCCUUCCUGUGCUGGCCUCCCCCACGCGCGGAGCCCGAGUAUGCCCCGGACGAACUGUUGAUUAGCGUGAUCCAGGACUGCGGCACCUCGGACGGGCCGGCCGACCCUCCUCCGCUGCCCAUCCCGCCCCCGCCGGCGCUGCCUCCGCCCCCAUCGAAGGAGCUGCCCUCGCAGCCUCCUCUGCCGCCGCUGGAGCGGCCUGAGAUAGAGCCCUUUUCAGGAGACCCAGUCUACCUGGCUGAGUUCCUCAUGCAGCUAGAGACCUUCAUAGCCGACCAUGAGGAUCAUUUCCCCGGGGGCGCUGAGCGAGUGGCCUUUCUGAUCUCCUUUUUCACUGGUGAAGCCAAGGACUGGGCCGUCUCAGUCACCCAGGAGGGAAGCCCCCUGCAUGCCAACUUCCCGCGCUUCCUGGAUGAAAUCCGUAAGGAAUUCCGUGGCCCCAUCCCCCCAAGUGUGGCUAAAAAGGCCAUUCGCAAGCUCAAGCAGGGAGACUGUACCCUCGGCAGCUAUGCAGAUGCCUUUCAGUUCCUGGCCCAAUUCUUGUCUUGGGAUGACUGCCGCCUUCAAAACCAAUUCCUCAAGGGCCUGUCAGAAUUCUUCCGCAAGGAGCUCUUAUGGUCAACCGAAAUGGCCGACCUGGAUGAGCUGAUUCUCGAAUGUGUGGAGAUAGAAAGAAAAGUGCGUGUCCCCAAGCCAGUCCCGCUCCCUGGGGUUCGCAAUAUCUUCUUCCCUUUUGCUGCAGACUCUAAUAUCGAUGAAAGUGAAGAAGACUACUACAGUGGGGAUGAAGAUGAAGAGGCACGCAGGCGCAGGCUUUACGACAAGGACCAGCGGAGGCGUGUGAGAGCUAUUCAGCAAGAGAUGAGGGAGAAGGAGGAGGAGGAGAGGAGGAAGAAGGAGGAAGAGAUGAGGAAGAAGGAGAAGGAGAUGAAACAAAAACAGGAGGAGGAGGAGGUGGACGUGGAGGGGGAGGAGCAGGUGGACGUGGAGGCGGAGGAAGAGGAGGAGAUGAGGAAGAAGAAUGAGGAAGAAGAGAAGAAUAAAGAUGAGGAAGAAGAUGAUGAGGAUGGGGGCCAGGAACCAGAGCGGGAGCCAGAACAGGAGCAAGAGACAGAGGAUGAGACCCAAGACGAUGACCUAGAUGAGCUGAUGGAGAUGGAGCCGACCUAUGCCAAUGCUUCAUCUCAGACUUCUGGCUACUAUCAUGAAAAUUUCCUAGAGGCAUCACCUCCCAUAAUACAGCCCAGCAGACGGAGGAACCAGAACCGAGUCCCACUUCUGGAGGGCCUUCCAGGUACCAAUUCACCAUUCUACAGUUCACCACCACUGAUUCGCCGAGCAGGUCGCUUGGGGCAGCGCCAAAUUCGAAGACGUCCCCCGGUGCUAUUCCGCCUCACUCCGAGACAGGGGGGGCACCGGGCUGCGCGUGGCCGAAUUCGCGUGUGAGUGCUGGGCGAGAUGGCCACCCGGAACACACCCUUCUGCUGCGUUCCCUGCCCCUGCUAUUGCUGCCACACCUGCCCCAUUUGCUGACCAGUACUUAAGGGAGUUCCAGACCUGCAGAACCUGAAGAAGACCUGUAGAACUCCAGACCAUCUUGCAGCCAUGACCAGCGAGUGACACGUGCCUGACCAAAGCCACCUGGGAAAGGAGGGGUCAGCAGUUGCUGUCCUCUUGGCAUGGACUCUGCCACGAGCUAGAGAGCAGGUUUCUGGGCCUGUUCCCAUGAAUGAACUGGUCGCCCUCUCGCAUUUCCCCUCUACUUGUUCUUAAACCCUCGCCCCUCCUGCGUUUAUUCACCCUGUGUUCUAUGGUUUUAUCCUCUGACUGGCUCGCCAGGACGCCACCCAGUGCCUCACUGAUCUGCCCCAGUGAGCAAAAGGACAGGCUA